UGGCGGGAGUGAGAAGUUUUGGCAGCCAGGGCCUGAGAGAGGUCAAGGGUCAGUGCAGAGCCAAGGAAGAGAUGGUGAAGCAAACGAUCCAGAUUUUCGCCAGGGUGAAGCCCACUGUCCGGAAGCAGCAACAAGGGAUUUAUUCCAUAGAUGAAGACGAAAAAUUAACACCUAGCCUGGAAAUUACCUUACCUCGUGAUUUGGCAGAUGGGUUUGUGAAUAAUAAGCGAGAAAACUACAAAUUUAAAUUUCAAAGGAUUUUUGAUCAGAAUGCAAACCAAGAGACCAUUUUUGAAAACAUUGCCAAACCAGUUGCUGAGAGUGUCCUGGCAGGUUACAAUGGCACCAUCUUUGCAUAUGGGCAGACAGGCAGCGGUAAGACGUUCACCAUCACGGGUGGUGCAGAGCGCUACAGUGACAGAGGCAUUAUCCCAAGGACACUGUCGUACAUUUUUGAGCAACUACAAAAGGACAGCGGCAAAAUAUAUACAACACACAUUUCCUAUUUGGAAAUCUACAAUGAAUGUGGUUAUGAUCUGUUGGAUCCAAGACAUGAAGCCUCCAGUUUGGAAGACUUGCCGAAAGUGACAAUAUUAGAGGACCCCGAUCAGAACAUUCACCUGAAAAACCUGUCUCUUCAUCAGGCAACCACCGAGGAAGAAGCUCUGAAUCUGCUUUUCUUAGGAGACACCAACAGAAUGAUUGCAGAGACUCCUAUGAACCAAGCUUCAACUCGUUCCCACUGCAUUUUCACUAUUCACUUAUCGAGCAAAGAACCAGGAUCUGCAACUGUUCGACAUGCCAAACUUCAUUUGGUUGACCUGGCUGGUUCAGAGCGCGUUGCAAAGACUGGAGUAGGGGGCCAACUUCUAACAGAGGCCAAGUAUAUCAACUUGUCACUGCAUUACUUAGAGCAGGUUAUCAUUGCCCUUUCAGAAAAACACCGUUCGCACAUUCCCUACAGGAACUCCAUGAUGACCAGUGUCCUAAGGGACAGCUUGGGAGGGAACUGCAUGACGACCAUGAUUGCAACACUCUCUUUAGAGAAAAGGAAUAUCUAUGAGUCUAUAUCUACCUGCAGAUUUGCACAACGAGUGGCACUCAUAAAGAAUGAAGCUGUUCUUAAUGAAGAAGUUGAUCCCAGAUUGAUGAUUAUACACCUACAAAAGGAAAUCCAGGAACUGAAGGAUGAACUGGCCAUUGUCACUGGGGAGCAGAGGACAGAGGCACUCACAGAAGCAGAGCGACUUCAGUAA